AUGGUUAAUGUGAGUUUUUUCCUUGUUGGUAAAGUUUCCUAAAAAUUCAACAUUUCCUUACAGUCACAAAAAAAUGAAGAUUUCAACUCAAAAGUUAGACUAAGUCUUGCACGCUUGCUUAUUAAUGAUAGAAUUGAAGAUCUUUAUUACACUGUAAGAUUUUUCCCUAAAAUAUUUCUCAAAAAUUCUUGAAAUUUUCAGAAAUUCUUCGAAAAUCCACUAACACCAAUUACCAAAACUGACACGGAAAUCAAAGAUCCACUCAAUUUUUUCAAAAUCAAUGACCUAAUGCCAAUCGAACAAGAAAUCGAUUAUAUAAAAGAUCAAAAAGAUAUAUUGUUUCCAAAACUAUUAGAACCUUCAAGAGAAAAACAUGAGUUGUUCAAAGAUUUCGCACUUUUCUAUGGAUUUGUGAGUUUUAUUUUGGAGAAAGGAAAAUUCGAGUUCGAGUUUUUUUUUAAGGGCAAACCAAUAACCAAAAAGAAGGCUGUUCAAGUAGAUAUUCCAUCGACAAGUUCAGGAGUUCAACCAUUAAAUGGGCGAAGAUCAAGACAACCAUCAACAUCGAAAAGACCAAAGGUACACUUUUUCUCAAUUUUAAGCCUAAUUUAUUCUCAACUCACCCAGUAACCUGGAAAUUUCUCUGAAAAAUAGAGGUAUAGCGGUAUUUUGAAGUCAAUCGAUAUAUUUUUCAGAACCCAGUCAACAAUAAUAAUGUUGGAGAAUGUAGAAACUUUUGUAGCUACUGCUAUGAUAAAAAAGUUCAAAUGAACAACGAAAAUCGUCUGUCAUCACCACAAAGAAAUGAUCCAAAUGCACCCUGGAAUAAUCACGGAACAUACAAAAAUGGAAGAAUCACGUGAGUUGAGAAAACAUUUUUGAGUUGAACCCAAAAAUAUUUUUAUUUUUUGAAUGUCCAGUUGUCCAAAUCUCUACUUCAACGGUUGUCCAAAAUGUGGUGCAAAUCUCGAAUCAUGCCACAUGGCAUCUCAAUGUCCAUUCAACUAA